AUGGCGGGGCGUGUUCCCAGCAGCAGCAGCCAUGUCCCCGAGAGUACGAGCACCACCCUUGCGACCAUAGUCGCAUUGUGGUCAUGUACAUACAACCUGCUCGUCGCAGUGACGAGCACCCACCUCCCCGAUGACCCGCUGGGCAUACGCUUGGGCAUACGCUUGUAUGCAUGGUCAGGAACCAUCCUGAGCCUCGUCGGCCUGGCCGGUAUUGUCGCAAAACGCCCCAUCCUCCUCACAACCUUUGCGCACUUCCUCCUCCUCGACACCGUCAUCUCCGCAACCUGCCGCCUCCUCAUCCUCCAAUUCUUCAUCGAGUCCUUCUACGACCACAACAUCUGCACAGGCGGCUACGAACCUAUAUGGAGCUCGCAGAAUUUCAGACACGACAUUGUCACGAGUGUGCGGUGGGAGCAGGAGCAUCUGUGGCAGGAGAGCCACAAGGGGAGUUGUCGCGUUGCGCUAGGUGCUGUGCAGGUGGUGUCGAUUUGUGUGUUGAUGGGGAUGACUGCGGGCCAAGGGUCUUUGGCUGUGAUGAUGAGACGGCAUGCGAAGGAGAUGGAGCGGCCUGUUGGUGUGGGAGGAGUGGAUAAGGCGAGAACGAGUCCAAGGCCUGAUGAGAAGAGGGGCCCUCAUGAUGUGUUAUGA